AUGCCACACGAUCUUGUUCAGCACAUCGCUCCUCCACCACUGGACGUCGCCCGCCAAAGGACCUUCUGUGUCUUCUUCGUCACGCCUUCGUAUGCGCACUAUUUGCUGGACGAUGACGCUUUCCUCCGCAACGCUCUUCUGCGCGCUUACGAAAAUGCGGCCGACAUACCGGACCUCCACAUAGAUGCACUGUGUGCUGUCGUAGACAAACUCCCCGUCAGCAGGGUUGGGGAGAAGAACCCUACUCAGCCGCCUCUUGCUGGCGCUGGGUUCGAAGGAAUAUCCUACGCGAUUCUCCCGUCCGAUGUUUCUGUACCGUCCCACGAACUAUCGCCAUUGGACAAGAGUGCUAUCGAUUUCAUAUUUGCCGAACACAACGUCAAGGACACCGUCUAUCGUGACACUUUGCGGUUGCCUCUUGCGAAUACUGUCUUCCAGACAGGCUCGCCGUCCACGAUGAUCCUGUCGACUUGGACCCUGGAUGCGAAUCGUCAAAUGACCCCUGUAUCCAAGACCAACGUUUCUCAUCAUGGAAUCCGCUUAGUCAAGCAACAGAAAGACUCAACUCCCGUUCUCCACGUUCCGUUAAUUCCACUCACAAUGCCCCGCACAGUCAACGGCUGCAUGGGCAACAUCAUCCGCAGGGUUAUCGGGCCUGGUGGUAAAUCUCUGCAGGCCUCGUCGGAACUUGAGAAUGUUGUUCCCAGAUUCUUCAAAUCGCGAGGACAGCCUGCGCAAGCGACUGUAGCUUGGGCACUAGUGAUACCCGAUGAGCUGAGGGCCAUCAUCGCCGCUCGAACAGAUGAAAUCCUCUCUGGCUUGCCAACAGACAAUCAGAGUCCGGGCUCCGAGCACACCAAUGCAUGGGAGCGUCUAUGGCGCAGUGAUCCCCCUCUCUAUAACACGCUGGUGUCGCAAGCACUUACUGAAGGAGCACGUCUCCAUCGAGUCUUGAGUGGUGGAGGCGGAUGGGGAAAGAAAGCUGGCUUAUUAUCGUUGGAUCCUGCAGCAGCCAGUCCAGCGGCAGACCCACCAAAGGAUGACGAUUUUCUCAGCAUGAUCAGUGAUCCCCAAAACUUCGAGUCAACUCUUACACCCGUGGUGCGAGACGGUGACUCGAUACAGUUCUUUAUCUCUCCGAAAUCAGAUCUCGAACAGUUGGCUCAAAAGUCCGGUCACAGGGGGACGAUCAGAUGGGCUACAUUCGGGAAAAAGAUUAACUGGGGCUGGGAGGUGGGCACUAUUCCUAGCACUGUGGACUCGAUCCCCGGGGAGUUGUCGCAAGACAGUCAGACCAAAGGAGACAAGAUAUUGUGUCUUCCUGGCUUUGGUGCACUGAGUGAAGGGGCGAUGACGCUCACACAGCACUCUCGGGUAGACGAAGGCAUGCCCCACAGCGUCACUACUACGGUCGAUGUUCCCUUUUCUCGUUUCCGGACGAUGCGUAAAAAUGGAGCUACGCCUGAUGGAAAGAACGAGGACGAGGACCAAGAAGAGCAACCGCGGACCCCUCCGAGACUAACAGUAGCGGAACUGAUUCGCAAGCUCAAGAUCGAAGGCCAAUCUACUUCCGGCCGGCUCCGUGUUCGGACAGCGAACGCAAUAUUUCGCAGAUUCGAGAAGCUCUUCGAUAAACAGAAGAGGAAGCAUACAGCUGUCAUGUCAGAAAUUCGACAGCGCCACAGUCUAUUGAUGGCUGUGAGGUUCAGGACGCUGAUGGUUGACGCAGCGGAAUUGAUGGAAGAGGCUGAUUCCGUUCUGGACGACAUCAAUCGCAAACUUGUGAGAAGGAUUCCAGCUAAGGAGAGAGAGAGGCCAAAGGAGGAGAGGCUACAGAGAAACGCAGAAAAGAGGGAGAAGAAGAGAGCUCAAAAGGCUGAAAGAGCGGCACAGAAGGAAGAUCGUGCCAGAAAGAAAGACAAGACGACCGCGGUAUCACCUACAGCGACGGGAGCGCCAAUCCGCAAGUUUACCUCCUACGGAAUGUCCACAGCGGUCGAGAUCAACGAGAAACUCAAGCCUGCCAUCUCUGAAGUCUCCCGCUUAACUGAAGAGGCCAGAGCCAUCAUGGCUGCCAUUCAACACACCAAACCACACAUCCGCAGAAUGCCCGUCUCAAAGCUGGCAACAGCCCAAGCUUUCAACCAAACGCUGGGCUACGCCGUCCAAGAUAUCCUCCGUCUCACAGAGGAAGCACGCACUAUAAUGAGUACCAUCCAGCAACGCAAACAACAACACCAACGGCAACGCACUCAGCAGACUCAAUGGCGACACCUGCGACGAUGGGGCCGCGACACUACAAUCGUAUCUUUGAAGCCUGAUACUUCACUCAAAGUCCUCUUGGACACGGCAUACAAAGCGCGCCGAACGUCGAUAUCCAUGAUGCGAGCCUUCAAAAAGCGCGUCAGGAGCAUCAAAGCUCUCAUCCGGCAGCGUAAACAUGACCUCCGCAAAUUGAUGAACGCCAACUCGGGCACCGUGCAGACUCAGCGGCGCAGGCGCAUCCGACGCGUCAGUGCGCCUGUACACGUUGUCCGCUACCCAUCUAGACGCCGGGCGGUGCAGAAUCAGACUGUCCCUGCGUUACAGAAAGGUAAACGGUUUGCGAGGUUUAGAACUGUGAUGCAACGGCAGCCGGGAUUCAGAACGGUGAACCAGCAACGGCAGUCGGUGAUGGAAGAGAGGAAACAGAAGAGGGAUGAGCUUGCGGCUACGGUGGCGGGUUGGCUUGGUGGUGGUGGGGGUGCUGGUAGUGAUAGAAGUGGUCUUGGGCCGACGGCUGCUGCGGCGGAGAAAGACGACAAGAGGGAUGGGAGUGGUGGGCGGAGGCGGCGGAGGUGA